GUGUGCAUCUGCAAUUGGAGCCCGCCCAGCCUCUGUAAUGCGUCAUGUCGUCGAUAAUGCGCACAUACGCGCCAUUUUCAGCUGAGCCUGUCCAUGUUGCACCGCAGCCAGCUCUGCAUAGCUCCAGCCUCUCCCCAGCCUCCCACUUUUUGGCGCGUCGCCAUUGGCUGUCGGCGCGCCCAAGCUGCAGCGCCCGAGCUCCGUGGCUUGCUGUUGAUCACGGAUCCUCCGGACUAUCACGUGAAAAGCUCUGCUCAGCUCGCUUGCCCCGUGUCUGUGUUUGUGUCUGUGUCUGUGUCCGUGUCCGUGUCUGUCCAUGUCAACAAACAGCACCACCCACCACCCACCCAGGCGAACCGUGGUUCUCCAUGGCCGCAUCAUCCAUCGUUCCCCAUGGUGUGCGCCCAGCCCUGACAUGCAGCACGCGCGGCACCUCCAGUUUCAUCACAGUGGACCGUUUUGCCCAUCGCCACCCCCAUCCGCCCAAUUGUCCACUCUGUCAAUGUCGCUCAUGCCUGCCAUGCUCUUCCCGUUAUUGCCCGCAUCCCAGCAUCUUGUCGUGAACUGACAUGUCGACAGCCCACCAAGCAGGGUUCCCCAUGGCCCUGUUGCGACGACAUAUCAAAAGUCCCUCUCUUUGCUCCAAAAAUCUCCAUUUCUCCGUCUGCUUGUCACAGAAAAACCGGUUUGUCUGGCUGCGUUGUCACCUUUCUUUUUAGUGAGGCGACAGGCCAUCCUGGGACGGUAAUUUUGAGGAGCCGCCGUGUCCCCCAACGCCGUCCAAAGAGCAGCGCCCCCUGGCCGGACUGCUCGGCUUGCCGAGGGCCCGUGUAUCAGGUCUCGACAUCGAUCUCGUAUAGAUGAAUCGGCGCUUCUGAGUCGUGCUGUGCUUGUUUGUUUAUUUGUUUGUUUAUUUGUUUAGUCGUGUAUUUGUUGAUG